GUCUCAGGCGAGUAGGCGACUCUCAGCUCAGUGCUGUAUUUUUGUAGCACGUCAAAAUAUCAUCGUCGUUCUGCGUUAGACAGUCAAACUAUUUGACAAAGUAAUAAAAGUGGUCGAGUCGAACGCAACACUUGUUAGCGCGAACGCGAGAAUUUUAAUAUAAAUGACGAAAGAAAAUAUGUCAUUCCCUGUAACCAAAGUAGAGGAUACUGGGCAAGAAGGUCCAAUAAGAUGUAUAUUUUUCUCGGAAUUUCAUCCGACUGCAGGCCCUAAAAUAACUUGUCAGGUGCCUGACAAUUACAUAUCCAAAGACAUAUUUGAUAAUGUAAGCGUCUACAUUAUUCCAAAAGCACAACUCCAAAGAAGUACAAUUACUGUUACGUUAAAAGAUUACAAGAUUCUUGGCUUUCCGAUCAAGAUUGACAACAAAAAGUACGCAAGAAACGCUUUUUACUUCAACCUGUGCUUCGUCUGCGACGCCGAAGCCCGUACAGUGCAUUAUGAACCUGUCGUGAAAAAAAUGUCUGAUUUUUUGAUGGCUUUAGAAGUGGAAAAUUGUUUUCUGUCUGCGUCAAAAAAUAAAACAAGGCUUUUAGAAAUGUUAUAUCAAGUAAUGAAUGAUUUGAAUAUGCACAAAAUGUGCACUCUCACAGAAGGUACAAUGACAUCUCAUUUAAAAGUUGUUCGCUUAGCACCAGAACCAAAACCUGUUCUAGACCAUCAAGUACCUAUCUUUUUAGAAGGUAGAGAAGCAUUUCGUAGUGAUCAGUGGGAUUUGACUACGCAACAAGUAUUACCGUACAUUGAUGGCUUUAAUCAUGUUGCACGAAUAGCAGCAGAAGCAGAUGUGGAAAACAAUCUGGUUAAAAGCUGUGUACAGAAUCUUGUAUAUUAUGGAGUUGUAACGCUCAUUCCAAUAUUCCAGUACAGCAAUGUUUACACUACCACUCCAAAACUGAAAGAACUUGCCAAAAAUAUAGAAUUACAAGCUCAAUGCAUAGAAUAUACUUCCAAAUCAUCAAGACAACCAGCAUUUUUAAGAGAUAUCUACAGGAUGUAUGCUAGUAUGACUCAUGGUAAUAGCAUAAGAGAUUUAUGUCAAAGACUGAACCCACAAACAUUAAGAAUUAAUGAAAGGAAACUCAUUCAAUUUGGCCUAAUUGAAGGACUCAUCAGGAGGGUUCAUAAAUACCCUAUUUUACUACCAGACAAUCAUAGCGAGGAAGGGCGAAAUAAUCCUCUGUACAAAUAUUUCACCGGUUCCUACAGUCUUGAUGAGAUUUGCUGUACCACUGGUCAAUCAUCAGCCCAAAUCGAGGAUAUCGUUGAGCGCGACCCAAGCGUCGUUAUGCUAUGGAAAUAAUAAUCUCAGAAGAAGAGUGAAAGAAA